AUGGCACGGCGAGUUGAAGCAUCAGAUCUCACGGAGAGCAAUCGUUUAGUGAAGAAUCCCCUGAUUAAUAUUCACCGCAUCGAUAACCAAACCGUGGCAAAGGUGACCGACCCGCACCGAGUUGCUGAGGCCGAAGUAAUGCGAUUUGUUCGUGCAAACACCUCCAUCCCGGUUCCCGAGGUGUAUAAUGUAUACACCGAUGAAGCUACAAAUCGUGGUAUAAUCCUUAUGGAAUAUAUUGAAGGUUGUGUUCUGCAGGAUGUAUGGGACGAACUGGACCAGGAGCAACGACAAAACAUCAUCAGCCAGCUGAAGUCGUUUAUAGAACAACUAAGAUCGUUCAAGGGCGAUUUCAUCGGCUCAUUUGACGGCACAUACUGCGAAGAUCCCGUUUUCUGUGCUGAACUGGGUGGGUUUGGGCCUUAUAAGACCGAGCAAGAGUUCAACGACGGCCUCAUUCGAGCAAUGAGACUCUCUGGGGACAGUACAUGGGUAGACCAGGUGGCCAGGUUUGUGAAGGCAUUGCCUCCACAUGAGAUUGUUCUCACGCAUUCUGAUCUAGCUCCGAGAAACAUUCUUGUACGUGGAGAUAAGGUGGUCGCGCUCUUGGAUUGGGAAAUGGCCGGCUACUAUCCUGAAUACUGGGAAUAUGUCAAGGCUUUAUAUUAUCCAAAAUGGACAAGUGGGUGGAUCAAGGAUGCUGCUAUCGAAAAGAUUCUCAAGCCGUAUCACCUUGAGCAUGCGAUUAUGCUGCAUAUGCAGGAAGUUGUCUUCUAG